CGGCAAACCACGCAGCGAGAGCCAUGAUCUACAUUAUCUUGGACAUCACCCACAAUGCGGCGCCGCUUGCCAUCACGAGGGAGUUCGUUGAUGACUUGCACACGAGAGUCGAAGGUCAAGCCGAACAGUUCCAGGAGCAGUUCCCAGUGGCGGUCGAUGUGCUGGUGCAGGCUUGCCUGGACUCAAAGCUGGUGGUCUCCGGAAAGCCAGCGCUCCUCACGUACUGCGACGCGACCGAACAGUACAUCGUGAAGCACCUCAAAGGCAAGGGCAUCAGCAUUAAGACUCCCAAGUUCGUCAAGGACCUGGGCAUAGAUGCGGCGCUGGGAAGGCAGCGCGUCACAGCCACGCGAACUACCAGGACUAAACAGGCGAAGCUACGCGCAAAGCGUGCCAGGAUCUUCAGCACGCAGAAGGGCAAAUGGCGGCGAAGAACGGCGAUGUUCUUCAAUUCCAACCUGAGAGCCAAGCAGAGCUACGAUUGGCCAGUAACAGGGCUCAGUCCAACUGCAGUGCGUGAAGCGAGAGCUCAGGCGGCAGAGAUGGUUGGAUUUACAACUGGCGGCAGGUUCCAGAGUCAGGGAGUGCUCGACUUUCGCGACAUCAUGAAGUCCAUCACCCGGGACAUGCAAGCUCAGCUCUGGACCAAAGCAGCGGACCACUACUACGGCAACGGCAUGCAGCACGGGAUGGACACCACCAUGCUCAAGAAGACGCUCCAGAAACUACGUCAAGCGCCUGACACGCUGAAGCACAGGAUCUACGAGUGCGAAAUGAACGACAACCUCCAGAUUGACGCGGUGGUCAAGUCACAGUCGUUAUGUCAGAAGGCCUUAGAGGAGAUGCACGUUAACCCAGAGACGGAGGCAUACUGGCUACGGGGGCUACUCCCCAAGCACAGGAGCCAAGCUAAUUGGAAGAUGUGGUCUGAACCGUACAUGGAAAGCUACCUGCGACGACCAGAACAAGCAGCACUACGACAAUUACUCAAAGCAAGAUACCAGACCCGAAGCACUAGCCAGAUCGCGAAGGACCUUUGUGAUAUGCAAUGGAGAUCGGCCAAGAUGAAGCGGAAAGACGUGUACGAGUAUUCCCUCACCCUUACGGGCUGGGAAAGAGAAGCAUGCAUAUCCCACUGGUUCGACAGCGUAGCGGACAUUAAGGCCAAGUUCCGCGAAUUAUUGCAAGACCGAGCACCCACUUUUGACCAGGAAAUGCUUGAAAAAUAUGAAGAAAAUGAUGAGGACCGACCAGCAGCCAUGCAUGUGGUGGCCCACGAGAUCUACAAGGCCAGCCUGCCGAACGACGACACGGGCUUCAUUGAAGGCACAGACCAUAUCGGGUUCUAUGGCACCGUAGAUGGAGAACAAAGUGCACCUGCUGCUGAACAUGCAGGACUUUUCUGGGCACUGGCGCUCACGCGAGGCCUGUUAUUGAUCAUCACGGACUGCCAGAUGGUUAUGAAUGGCUGGACCCUCAAGUACUACGAGCAGCCCCAAGGCAAGUACAGCGUGGUUGACUGGAUGAAGGCUAACGUGUGCAUCGGGAGGCAGUACGAGACACACCGAGCAGGUCAUGGACAUGCAGUCCGCGUUCCCAACAACGAGCUGAUUGAGAUCAAAGACAAAGUGAUCCACGACAGUCACAGCAUUGCAGUGGCCCAUGGGCAGUUCUGGUGCUGGAAUUGUGCUGCGGUGGCAUCGCACAACGACUACGGACACGGCAGAGUGAACCUACUGGCGACGGAGUGCAGGAACAAGAUCACGCAGAGCGG